GGCCUCGGCUGCUCCUGACCGCGGGGAUGCUCCUCGCCGCCAGCACCGGGGGCAGCGGGAGCGCCGCAGGUGACAGCUUGUGGCAGCACAGUGCAGAACCAGGACACUACUGGGCCGUGACCCCGUGGGUCCUGCGGGGCAACCAAAAGCUCAGCUUGGCAGAGGCGACCCAGGAGGGGUUCCCCACCCAGCUGAGGGUCCUGCUGGAGCUGGAGGGGACGAGGCUGGUGCUGGAGCUGGAGCAAAACUGGGAUCUGGUGCAGGCCACAGGGGCACUGCUCUACUACCUGCCCAACGGCACGUGGGUGAUGGAGAAGCCCAGUGAGGAGGACAACUGCUGCUACCAGGGGACAGUGCAGGGCUUCCCCGACUCCUGGGCCAACCUCUGUGCCUGUGCAGGACUCAGUGGCCACCUGCAGCUGUCAGAGACCAGGAGCUACGAGCUGGAGCCAGACAGCGGCCCCACAGAGCAACACGUGGCCUUCCAUCCCUGGGUGGCUCGGGUGGCACCACGGGCCUGCGGGCAGGAUCCCCUGGACCCCCACCCCGGGGCAGAGGUGACAGAGACCUCCAGGCCACAGAGGGGCAAGCGGGCAGCAGCGGAGCAGCGGUUCGUGGAGCUGGUGAUGGUAGUGGACCACGCUGCGUUCCAGAAUUACCCCAGCCUCCAACGUGUUCGCUCCCGGACCCUGGAAAUCGCCAACCAGGUGGACGCGUUCUUCCGGCCGCUGGGAGUGCGGGUGGCCCUGCUGGCAGUGGAGGUCUGGAGCGAGGGUGACAGGAUCCCGGUGGGCAGCAGCGCCCGGGCGGCGCUGGAGCGGUUCCUGCGCUGGCGCCGGGAGGAGCUGCUGCCCCGGCUGCCCCACGACAACGCUCAGCUCCUGACGGGUGCCCGCUUUGACGAUGUCGCGGUGGGCAUGUCGACUCAAGGCUCCAUGUGUUCCCCCACGCGCUCCGGGGGGGUCAGCAUGGACCACUCGGUCAGCGUCCUGGUCGUCGCCUCCACCGUGGCCCACCAGCUGGGGCACAACCUGGGCAUGCGCCACGACAGCCCCGGGCGCUUCUGUGACUGCAGCGACCUCCGGCACGACCGCGGCUGCAUCAUGGCAUCGCCCACAGGGCUGACACCCGGCUUGAGCUUCAGCAACUGCAGCCGGCAGGACCUGGAGCGCAGCCUGCAGCGGGGCCAGGGCUGGUGCCUGUCCAACGUGCCCGAGCCCCAGCUCCUGGCUGGGAGCCCCACCUGUGGGAACUUCUUCCUGGAGUCGGGCGAGAGCUGUGACUGCGGCCUCAGUGUGGAGUGCACGGAUCACUGCUGCAACAGCAGCUCCUGCGAGCUGAUGCCGGGGGCCGUAUGUGCCAGCGGGGACGCCUGCUGCCAGGACUGCCAGCUGCGCCACGCUGGGCACCUGUGCCGGGAGCCGCGGGGGGAGUGUGACCUGCCCGAGUUCUGCGACGGGGUCUCGCCGCACUGCCCACCCGACACGUUCCUGCAGGAUGGGCAGCCCUGCGCCGGCGGGUGGGCGCGCUGCUACGGCGGGGCCUGUGCCACCUACGAGGGGCAGUGCCAGCAGCUGCUGGGGACAGGCGCCAGCCCUGUGCCCAGCUCCUGCAUGGCCACCCUGAACGCCAGAGGGGAUGAACGUGGGCACUGCGGGCAGCUCCCCAACGGCUCCUACAUCGCCUGCGCCCAGCAGGAUGCUGGCUGUGGGAUGCUGCAGUGCCAGCGCGGCAGCACCCGUGGGGACAGACCAGGAGGGUCCUGCCAGGGGACCCCCCUGCCUGGGGACGAGGAUGUGAGUGAUGCAGCCAUGGUGCUGCCCGGCACUGCCUGUGGCCCUGGGAAGAUGUGCCUCCAGCACCGGUGCCAGGAUGUCUCCGUGCUUGGCGACCAACAGUGCCAGAGCAAGUGCCACGGGCAUGGAGUGUGCAACAACCACGGGCACUGCCACUGCGAGCGGGGCUGGGCCCCCCCGACCUGCGAGAGCCCCGGCACGGGGGGCAGCCAGGACAGCGGCCCCGCCGGCCUCGAGCGAGGAGGCAGCGCCCUGCCCACAGCCCUGCUGGUGAGCGCCCUGCUGGGGCUGGCGCUGGCACUGGGGCUCUGCUGCGCCCGCCGCGCCGGCCUGCACAAGCACCUCUGCCAGCUCGGCAAGGGCACCUCCUGCCAGUACAGUGCUGAGACCCGGGUGCGGUUCCUGGGUCCCGGAGCCGCCGACGGCUGGAGCGGGAUCUCGCAGCCAGAGCCCCCAUCGAGCAGCCAGGGCCCCCCAGCGCGCCCCCGGCCCCCGCAGUGGCGCCAGGCCACGGAGCUGCAGGUCAUGCGUGGCAGCAAGGCCCCCCCCUCGGACAGGCCACCCCCCCCCACGCGCCCGCUGCCCGCGGACCCCGUGGUGCUGCCGAGCCCUCAGCCUCCAGGUCCAGCCAAGCCGCCCCCACCGCAGCGGCCGCUGCCCCUGAACCCCCCUGGCCCUUCGCUGGCCCGCAGCGAGAUCCCCUCCGGGCACCCCUAUGUCACAGUGAUCCCUGCCAGGCCCGCCCCGGCCCCACCGGAGGCCUGAGCCACGGGCCGGGACAAGGCCGAGCCCCGCCGGACUCCGCCGGGACCCCUCCGCCACUUCAAUAAAGGGGCUGUGAGCUGCCUGCGCGCUGCCUCCGCCGAACCGAGACCGACACCGGGACAGCGGGACACCGGGAGCGGCCCCGGGACACCGGGAGGGGGGAGCGGCGCCGAACUACAACUCCCAGCAGCCCCCGCGCCGGAAGGGGCUCCCGGCACUCAGCGCCCCCUGGCGGGCACCGCGCGCACCUGCAGCGGGGGGGGGGGAGUGUCCCGAGGGGCCACGUGGGCG